AUGAAGACUGUUGGUACGAUCGCCGCUAUUGCGGUUGGAGCGAAUGCUCUGGUUGCCCGUGACGCCACUUGCUGCUUCGGCUUGACUGCCUCUGGAGGGGCUUCCGGAACGAUUGGCCAGCUUGGAGAUGGACAGAACCGUAUCGGCGGUGGACUUCCUCCUGCUCAAUUUUGCAUCGAUUCCAGCGGAGGCAUCAAGGACAGCAGUGGACGCGGAUGCAUUCUGACUCCUCCUACGUCCCAAUUCCAGUGUGAUCAGGGAGCCGCGCCUACGAAUGGAUUCUCGAUCAGUCCUGAAGGAACGCUUUUGUACCAGGGAAGCUCUCACUUCGUUGCUUGUGAGACUGGUGACAAUGGCGAGCUGAACCUCUACACCAACCCGCCGUCCAAUGCUGUGACCGGUUGCAAGGAGAUCACCCUUACGGCCAGCGGUUGCAAGGGCCAGGGCUCCGGCUCGUCCUCCUCGUCCUCUGUCUCCCCUUCACCUCACUCGAGCGCUUCCCUUGCUCCUCACUCCAGUGCUCCAGUUCCUCACUCCAGUGCCCCGGUUCCUCACUCCAGCGCCCCGGCUCCCCAGUCCAGUACCCCGGCUGAGAGCAGUACUCCGGCUCCUCACUCUAGCGCGCCGGCUGAGACCAGCGCUCCAUCUUCCAAGUCCAGCGCCCCAGGUCCUCAGUCGAGUGCUCCAGUUCCCGGAUCGAGUGCUAAGCCAACUCCUACGGAGACUCACGCCUCUACCUCCACACCACAGCCGUCUGCUUCUAGCUCUGGAUGCCCGACCAACCUGUCUGGAACGUAUGAGUAUCCUCACCUGAUUGUCCCCAUUGAUUCGUCUGCUCCAUCCAAGGCGUAUGGCACUUCCUACAAUGGGACGGUCACUUCUACCGUCUCAUCCAUCUUCAACUUUGACAUUCCGGCAAGCGACUCGGGCAAGCAGUGCUCUCUGGUCUUCCUCUUCCCCGAGAAGAAAGAUCUGGAGACCUCCUCCUACAGCUUCAGCGGCAAUGGCGCGAUCGACUUUGCCCAGCUGCAGUCACCUGCCACUCAGUCCACGACCUAUAGCAACGCGCCGGCGGUCAAGACUGACUACGGUGUCACUACUGUGUCCCCUGGCAACUCCUACAGGAUUGCCACGUUCUCUUGCCCUGCCGGAGAAACUGUUGCCUUUGAAAUGAAGAAUGCGGGCACCACCAACCUCAACUUCUUCGAGGACUACAACCCAUCACCGCUUGGUCUUUACAUCACCGUCUGCUAA